UUAUUUAUAACCUUUCUAAUAAUUUCAAAUUUAUUUAUUUAUUAAAAAACUCUUUUUUUUAAUAAAUAAUGGGGAUAGAAGAAAAUAUAGCAAGUGAGGAAAGUAAUAUGCAUUCAUUGGCUAAUAAAAAUAAUAAUAAUUUAGAAAAUGAAAUAUUUAGUAGUUCAAGUUUACAUAUAAAAGAAGAUGAAGUUGAUAGGGACGACGAUUAUAACCCAGUUUUAGGUGAUGACAUUGAUUUUAAAACAGGUUCAAUUUUAAUAGUUUUAACAAUUGCAUUAUUAUUCCCAUACCAGAGUUUUUUAUCAGCAUUAGAUUAUUUUGCUAUUAUUUACCCCGAUUUAUAUUCGUCAUCCACAAUACCUUUUGUUUAUAUGGUAAUGUUAACUAUUGCUUUCAUUGUAGUAUUAAGGUUUUCAAAUAAAAUAAAUCAUAAAUAUAAUAUUCUUUUUGGAUUUAUGGUGUUUGUUGUUACAAUGAUUAUAAUACCUCUUUUAAACUUAACAAAAGUAGGUGGGUCCUUUGGGAGUUACAUUGUUACUGUGGUUUUAAUUGGUGUUGCAUCAUUUUUUGAUGGACUUGUGCAAACUUCAGUCUACGCAAUUGCAGGUUUAUUUGGGCCCCAAUACUCAAUCUCAUGUCAAGUUGGAAAUGGGUUAUCCGGUGUAAUAGUAAUAGUAAUUAGAAUAAUUAUAAAGUUAAGUUUUAAAGAUCAAGACCAAGGAAAUAAAAUUGGGGUCAUUGUGUUUUUUUCAGUAGGUGUGGUUUUUAUAAUAUUCGCAGGUUUACUUUUUAUUCAUUUAUUAAGAUCACCUUUAGGAGAAAUAAUUAUGAAAAAAAAUAAAAAAAAAGAUAUAGAAUUAAAAAAUAAUGAGGUUGAUAACACAUUUUCUCAAAAUGCAGAUAUUAAAACAGUCAAUCCUUCUCCACUUAGAUAUGUUUGGAAUAACAAUUAUCAAUAUUUUAUACCAGUCUCAUUUAUUUUUAUUUUAACAUUAUUAUUAUUCCCCAGUAUUAUAAUGCAAAUACCUCUCAAAUCCAUCCCCAAAGAUUGGUCAAUGGUGGCAGUAAUAGCAGUUUUUAAUUUGUUUGAUUUUGUGGGAAAAUCAGUACCAUUAUUUUAUAAAAGAAAAAAUUAUAGUUUAAAAUUAAUUUGGUUUUUAUCUUUUUCAAGAACUAUUUUUAUAAUAUUGUUUUUUAUUUCUAUUUACAUUAAAUCUUUUAGGGAUGUAUCAAUGGUGUUUAUUUUUAUUGCAAUUUUUGCCUUUACAAAUGGAUAUACUGCUUCAAUAUGUAUGGCUGAAGCACCCAAAAGAGUAUUGUUAAAUUAUAAAGAGUUGUCCAGUAUAUUUAUUUCAUUUGGUAUAGAUUUAGGUUUGCUUAUGGGCGCUGUAUUAAAUUUAAUAUUAACCUUAUUGUUAAAAUUUAAAUAAAUUUAAAUUCUAUUAUUAUCAAAAAUAAC